UAGAAACACAUGGCUGAUCCCGGCUUAUUUACCUUCCCCUUUAUCUUUCACCUUUCCCCUCUUCCUGAAUAUCUUCUUCAUCCAUCUCCCUCUUUUUUUUUCAAACCUAUACAUUAUCCGCCAAAAUGUUCAGCUGGUUCAAGUCUUCCAACGAGUCCAAGCCCACCCAGGAGCCUACCUGGAAUGCGGCCACUAUGGCCAUGGAACAGCCCCCCAACGCCGAGGCCAUGUCUUCCAACAACGUCGUCGCCCAGCAGCCUAGCCCCGAAUGCAUGAAGAUGGAACUUCGCGGUGGCGGUGAAGGUGGUGAUAUCUGCUGUGGAAUCUGCGCUGGUAUUGCUUGCUUUGAGUGCUGCGAGUGCUGCUGCUAGAUACGCCGCUUUUACUACGAAAUGCUACAAACCAAUGUGAUGAACGCGUUGGAAUGGAACUUGGCGCCUGUGAAUAAUGCGAGCCAUAAUGGAUACCACUUUGUUGUAAUAAGAGACUACUGUUGGAUCGGUCUUCGGUUCAAAAUCCGUGUCGUAUUAUGAUCCCUAGUUAGCUGUCAAGUGGAUCAUGCAGCCUAUUGUCGUGUUAAGGUACUAGUUAGGACUAGUCGUGGAUCUGCUAGAGGAGUAUUACCUGAAGGGGAUAUAUAUGUCACCUCAGGAGGUUAUGGCUGCAUUAUGUAGUUGGAACUAAGAAUCGGAGAGAAAGCAGGUGCAUUCUCAAGGCAUCUUUUUUUAUAUCCCCUCUUAUCUCCUAGCUGGAAGGGCGAGAAUAACAGAAGCAAGGCAGGCGAGGCUAAAUUUCAGAAUUGACCUUCUAUUUUAAAACUGGAAUUGAGUUGGCCGCUAUCCUUGUCAAU